CAAAAUCACAUAUGCUGAAGUACAUUUUGCCCCCCGAAAAAAUAAGGAACCAAAAUGUUGUAUUUAGAGGACUAUUUGGAGAUGAUAGAAAAUCUCCCAAUGGAGAUGCGAGAUCGAUUUACUGAGAUGAGGGAGAUGGAUUUGCAGGUGCAGAAUGCAAUGGACAGCCUUGAUGAUAGAGUAAAACAGUUCUUCAAAAAGUGCCAUGUUGACAAAACUGUCAAAUCAGAUGUUAGGGAUGAGCAGUUUAAAAAACUGAAAGAGGAAUACAACAAAGCAUUAGAAGAUGCAGAUGAAAAAGUGCAGUUAGCGAACCAAAUAUAUGAAUUGCUGGAAAAAUACCUGAGAAAACUAGACAUGGAAGUAGGAAAGUUUAAAUUAGAAUUAGAGGCAGAUAAUGCUGGUAUUACAGAAAUGUUAGAAAAACGAUCACUAGAACUAGACAAGCCACCUAAAGAUCUGAAUAAUCACAGACCAGAAAAGAGGAAGUAUUCAUCAGUAUUAUCCAACCACAACCAUGUCGAAAGCAACAUGAAACGUGUUCAGAGUGAGAAAGUAUUGACCUCACUUGCCCACGAUGCAGCACGGGAAACCUUAAGUAGUAUCCACAAGAGUCACUCGAAUACAAGCUCCCCAUCUGGUACUAUGUUCAACUCAAGCUCAAAUUCCUCAUCAGCCAUAACAUAUAACCUAGGUCAUGUAGGGGCAGGCAGUAAUGCAGCAAUAGCAGCAGCAGCUUCACAAGCAAUAGCAGCAACACAACAGAUGCAGCAGGGUAGAAGGACAUCAAGUUUAAAGGCCAGUUUUGAAUUUACUAAAGCUAACGCUAGUGACCUGGCAAGAGAUCUAACAUUUGGUGCUGGAUUCAGCUCAAGUCCUAGUACCCCAACUCCUUCAUUAUUAGAGGGUAGAACUCAGAGGACCAAAAAACAAACUGCACGUGCCUUGGCAGCAGCAGAAAGUAAAGCUUCACAUAGCACGACACCAGCAACCUCCGCCCCAUCAACUACUCCACAGGUGGCUCCACCUACUACCCCUGCAUCAGCAACAGCAUCACCAGCUCUUGCUGAUCUCGCAGAAGGCCAGCUGUUGACAGAGGACACUAGCAACUCAGGAGACUGGCAGUAUGACCCGAAUGAGCCUCGAUACUGUAUCUGUAAUCAAGUAUCAUAUGGUGACAUGGUUGGCUGCGAUAACGAUGAUUGUACAAUAGAAUGGUUCCAUUAUCCAUGUGUCGGUCUAACACAAGCUCCAAAAGGAAAAUGGUAUUGCCCACAAUGCACUGCUGCGAUGAAACGAAGAGGACGGAAAUAGCACAAUCUGAACAAUAAUGCUCAAAAUAUACAGUCAUAGUAGCAAAGAUGUUUUGCUUAGGGAUUAUCAAAAUAUGUCAAAUAAAUAUGUAGAUGGGACACAUGGCACUAUGCAAGAGACUGCAUACAUUGGUAAAGUGUUAGGUUCCCCACAUAAAGUAUUCAUCUCUGGAUUGAUGGUUACAAGCCAACAUUGAAUUCAAUAUACAUAAGUAAAUGCACUUCAUGAAUUGACCCUACAGUUCUGGCUUUAAUAUUCAACAAAUCAGUUUAUUAUAAAAACAUUUGUGAGGAAUCAGUUUUUUACAAUGUACUUUCUAUGUAAACAUAUGUAUAGCUGAACUCUGUAUAUAAGGGCAAAUCAGGUCACAAAU